CUUGUUCCUUCUACCUUGACAUACAAUUCCAUCUGUGGGUAGUCGGUAAGUUCAACCUUCCACAGUGAAUACCUGCGCCAUCUACAAGGUAUCUCGAGAACUGUUACGAAAAGAGCCGUCCAUUACAAGUACAGAUCAGUGAUCGUGGAGCGCUUCAAGUUCAACUUCGAUACUUUGGUCCAUCCAGUAUUGUAUACAGAUUGAUGACUUUGAUACGUAAAUUAUGCAAAAGAUAUUUCAUGCAAUGAAAUUCAUAAAUAAGUAUGUUUCGAUUGAAAAACUAUUAGGAAGUCUUUACUGGCAAAUAACAGUAACAAAAUAACAUAUAUUUAUGACAAGCCUUAAAAUUUCAGAUGUCAACUUAAAAGGAUGACUGGUUAUGAAACUGCAGAUUUAUUUACUAUAUUUAAUUAAAGGCCGAUCACUCUGGGGCCUUUAUGCAAAUGAUGACGGAUGGUCAGAUUUUGAAACAUCUCACGCGUGUUCAUGCACUCCCGCCAUGAGAACAAAAUACGCACGACAUAUGUUCGCGCUGGGUUCGCGAAAAGUCAUCGGCAGGGUCAGGGUCGCAGGGCGUACGUGCAGCAAGUGGGAGUUUCUGCCUCCAGUUCUACAAUGUGACACUUGUAAAUUGGUAAAAACGAAAUAUUUCGUCAGAGGGUUCAUAACUUCUCCCUGUGGUAGCUAAACAAAGACGAUAUGUUGAAAUUUCUGCAUCGCCAAAACUGCAAAAUCCUCUCUAGCACUCUAAAUGCUCGUACGUCGUUGAGAAACGUUAGUUAUGAGCAGGGACAGUCUCCACAAAUUGGAAUAAGAGAAUAUUUUUAUUUCAUAGAUCAUCAAGGAAUGCUAUUUUUGGAUGACUCCCGAAUGAAAAAUUUCACAUCAUGCUUUAAAGACAAAGUGUUCCUGGAAUUUUUCUUCAAGAGGUUAAGACUGAAUACCACAGACAGAUAUCAGAAAGAUUUCCCCUACUUGUCGAUUUGUGGUCGAGAGCGCAACUUUGUGCGAUGUGAUGAUUACCCUAUUGUCUUUACUCAUGUAAAGAAAGACUCCGAAGGGCAUGACAUAUUUUGUUACAAUCAUGCUGGGGAUUUACUGAAUGUGAAAUUCAUGCCUGAGAAAAUUUUUAUGUCUCCAGAAUCAGGGAGAGUUUAUCACCCUGCACCUGAAAUUGUUGGCUCUGUAGGUUUAGUAAGAUCAAAGUUGGCCAUUGAAUUUAGUCAGUUCUUCCAAUUUCGUGAUGGUGAGCAUGAAAGUCCAACACAUUUUACUUGGCAAGGUGUUACUUACGAGUUGUCACCUGAAUGGUUUUAUGAAGCUAGUGGAAAAAAACAUGUUAAUGUAAACAGCCGUUGAUUACAUUAUUUUAAUAUAUUUGCAUGACAAUUUUUGUUGAAUACAGUUUGUUACCGAUUGAUACCUUUGUUUAGUGUUUCAGUUAAGACGGACAGAAAUGGAAAAAAAAAUAUUUAAAAUUCUUUAAUUUUUUCAGAUUUGAAGUUACAUUUUUAGUGUAAUGAAAAGGAGAAAAACUGUUGCAAAGACUUAUUUGUAAAAUAAUUUUUAACAAUAAAUGUUUUCUUAAACUGUAUUUUUACAUUGUUUAAAUAUCUUGCACUUCAAGUUAAACUACCAAAGUAAAAAUAAAAUUUACAUUGCACCAGCACAACAAUUCUUGCCAAUAUGGUGCUAUACAUUUGACUGAACUAUCUGACAAAACUACAAUUCCUCACACGCUUUGAAAAUAUAGCACCAAUUGUUCAACAAUUUGUCCACUAAAUCAUUCAUGAAAAUGAAGACCUUGUCCAUUACCCAAUUAUCCAGCUUAGAAGAAUAUACAAUACAAAAACCAAAUAGUUUUCAAAAGUCUAAAAAUUGUUACAGUUUUUAUGUUGCAUAAAUAUUGUUACAAAAUUUUAUGCAGUGAUUCAGAGAAAAUAAAUUUAAAAUUAAAUUGAGAAGUUAUCCUGCAAAGCCUAAUAUUUUUCUAUUACCAGAAAACAUGCUUGUAAGUUACAUCUAUAAUCAAUACAAUUUUUAAAAAUAUGGCACAUGACAGAUGAGAUUUUUCCCUACCACACAGGCAGAAUAUGUCAAACAUUCUUCUAAUCUGGAGUGUAAGAAAGGAAGAGCAGUAUAGAAACACUUUACUUAGAGGUAAAAGCAUACCAUCAAAAUUUUCACUGUUGCAGUAUACUUGGCCAAGCCAACAAACAUAUUUACAGUAUCAUAAAUAAAUUACAGAUUGUUCUAUACAUUAAUACUGACAGUGCAAAAAAAGUUGACAAGUAUAAAAAUAUUGCUUGUGCCACUGCCCUGGAAGUCUUUGACAAGUCUGAUUGUACGAUCUUUUAACACUAACGGAUUAACUGGCUUAUUAACAAGUUAAUUUCACAAGUACACUGACUUAUGAAUCUUGACACCAGCAGAAAGACUUUUAACAAGCAAGCUU